AUGAAGUCAUCGUGUAAUGAUAGACAGGCAUGCCUGCAUGAAAAUCGUGAUCCGGCUGGAAAAUUACGGUAUCCAGUAAGCACGUGGGGUCAAGAAACAGGGAAAAAUGAAACUCGACGAGGACGGGUUACCGGUCGAAUUGUAAAUAUAUAUUCUGGAUACAAACCCGAUCCAGUUAUGUGCCAAAACGAAGGAUUCCAGGCUGAUCCAAUGGAUUGUUCUGUUUUUUACCGAUGUGUUCAAUCAUCUCGUGGAAAAUUUAACGUUUUUAGGUUCCAAUGCGGUCCAGGCACGGUGUAUGAUCCAGAAACAGAAAUAUGUAAUCAUGCUUCUAAUACAAAGAGAUCUGGAUGUGGUGGUGCAAUUGCUUCAAAUAAUCUUGAAAUUAACGGAAACGGUAUAGACAUGCAAGAACUACCAUCACCUAUUACGACAUCACCAUCAAAUAUUAAAGUGAAUGUUUCAGUGGCCCCAAUAUCAAUUCCAGAGAAAGAUCUAGAUAUGUUAAAGAGUACAACACCAAGUUUAACAACCACUGUAGCAGUCAAUCAACAAUUUUCUGAAGCAUUCGAUAUUUCAGGGAUGUAUCCAUGGGAUAAUAAAAACAGCCAUUUCACUCCAAAUCCAUUGUUCUCGACAAAACCGGCACCAAUAGAUAAAAAUGAUCCUUGCACUUUUGAUGGAUUUGUAGGUGAUAGUUCUGAUUGUAAGAAAUUCUACAGGUGUGUCAACAAUUUCCGAGGAGGUUUUACACGUUAUGAAUUUGUGUGUGCUGAUUCAACGAUAUGGGACGAAGAUAAACAAAGUUGUAAUUAUGCCUGGGCUGUUCGAAGUAGAAGGUGUGGUCGAGAUGCUACUAGUAACAACGUAUUAAAUGACAUCACUACCCAUCACGAAAACGAGUAUAAUCUUGUAGAAAAAGAACCGAAUGAAAAUCAUUUCGGUGAAAAAAUUCAAAAUAGUUAUAAUUCUUACGAUAGUCCUACCAGUACCCACAAAAUUAAAGAUAAUACACGUAUCACUAGUAGUAGUUUCAGUAUGGUGACAAUACCUUAUGAAAACGGGAACAUUGUGACAGAUAAGAAUGAAGUCCCUUAUCAUUCUAAUGAACAACAAAAUAAUAGCUAUUUAUUCGGGACAACUCACAGUCAACAUGAGAAAAUAAAAAAGGAAUUAACUACGUCUUCAUACACAUCUUUAUCGACAGAACACACAUUGUUAAGCAGCAGUAUAAAUGACUCCUGGAAAUUAUUGAAUAAUAUUUGUACUCAAAGUGGUUUUAUGGGUGAUCCGAAUGAUUGUAAAAAAUUUUAUCGAUGUGUUGAUAACGGCCAAGGCAGUUAUACGAAAUACGAAUUUUCGUGUGGUCAAGGGACUCUUUGGGAUAGUGAGAUAGAGGCUUGUAAUCACGCAUGGGCUGUGAAAAGCUGUGGUAAUACAGCUUUCACUCAAAGCUUAACGUCGGAAACUAGCGUCUCAAGUGGAGUUAGUUCAGAGAUAAAUCCUUUACCUGAAGAAAUGAAUAAUAUUGAUGAUGACUUCGGUUAUCCUAAUGUAGUAGAUCAAGAUAAUAUGAAAACAACGACUUCAAAAAUUGAAACAACCUUUUCUUUACCAGCAACAAAUGAAGAAGCAAACAUUUUAGAAAAAUCAUGUUCUACAAGCGGUUAUUUUGUAAAUUCGCUAGAUUGCUCCAAAUUUUACAGGUGUGUUGAAAACGGAAAAGGGUCUUUCACUCGAUUUGACUAUAACUGCGGUGAAGGGACUGUCUGGGAUGAAAGUAUUGAAGCUUGUAACCAUGCCUGGGCUGUAAAGUCUUGUAGAUCAAAUUCAGAAAAUUUUGUUGAUACUGAACAAAUGACAACUAUAACUCUUGUUCAAACUACAACACAAAAAAAUAACGAAAACAAUGAUUACGAUUCCAUCUACGGUUCACAACAAAGUACUAUGGGAUCUAACAUAGUCACAGAGAUUCCAACAACUACUUUGAAACAAACACUGACUUCUCAAAAUGAAUGUAGCAUGAAUGGCUUUAUGGGAGAUAGUAUGGACUGUAAAAAGUUUUAUAGAUGCGUAGAAAAUGGCGAUGGUGGGUAUACGAAGUAUGAAUUUUCUUGUGGCGAUGGGACUGUUUGGGAUCCUGUUAUCGAAGCUUGUAAUCAUAAUUCUGGAGAUAAGGACUGUACAAGAUCGGCUAGUAAUAAUAAUGAUAAUAAUACUGUAGAACCAAUAAAUAGUAACGAAGAUUCAGGAAAUUAUAAUGGUACAUCAAGUAGUCAGGAUCCAGAUAAUCCCGUCCAAAUCCAAAGUACAACAAGCGUUGUUCCAAGUAACAAUAACCUCUGUGAAACUGCUGGAUUUAUGGGAGAUUCCAAUGAUUGUGAAACAUUUUAUAGAUGUGUUGAAAAUGGUAAAGGGGGAUAUAAUAGGAUUGAAUUUAAAUGUGCUGAAGGGACGGUUUGGGAUUCUAGUAUUGAAGCUUGUAAUCAUAGAUGGGCGGUUGAAAAGUGUGGAAAAGAUUCUACUAAUGAAUUGAUAGAAACUACUAUUGAUUCAAUGAGUACUGUUACUGACAAAACGCCAAUUUCUACAAAAUCCCCUGAUUAUUCAGAAACUUCAGCUCAAUAUACAUCCACGGAAAAGACUAACGAGUCUGAUGAUUCAUGUUCCUCAGAAGGAUUUUUCGGCUCGAGCCACGGGGAAUGCAACAAAUUUUACCGAUGUGUUGAUAACGGAAAAGGUGGUUUUGAUAAAUAUGAAUUUACAUGUGGCGAGGGAACAGUUUGGGACGAAAAUAUUAAAGCUUGUAAUCAUGACACACAUAAUAAAACUUGUAGAAUUUCUGACAGUAAGCCUCAAACUGAUACUACGAUCCCAACUGAAGGUGCUGAAUCCACAACACACGCUUCAAUCACAAAUGCUCAGGAACCUUCAAAACCAGAUGAUAAAGAAUGUAAAGCUGAAGGCUUUGUUGCUAAUCCUGUAGAUUGCCACAAAUUCUUCCGGUGUGUUGAUAAUGGUAAGGGUGGUUAUAAUAAAUUUGAAUUUUCAUGCGGAGAAGGAACAGUUUGGGUUCAAGAAAUUGAAGCUUGUGAUCACGAUACAGGUGAAAAUAGUUGUAACGAGCAGAACGUUGUAACAACAAAUAGUUCUCCUCAAGUAGAAACUAACACAUCAAGUGUCGUAACAGACCCUUCAUCGAGCACACAAAGCUCAGUUGAAGAUAAUGGUAAUCAAAAAGAUAACGAAGAGUGUACGAAUCAAGGUUUUUACCCAAAUAAAAAUGAUUGCCAAAGAUUUUAUAGAUGUGUAGAAAAUGAUAGAGGUGGUUUCACAAAAUAUGAAUUUACUUGUGCCCAAGGAACAGCUUGGGACACUCUUAUUCAAUCGUGCAAUUAUAUUGAUCAGGUAAGCAGUUGUAAAAGUGUUAAUAUUUCGGAAACAGAAAUGAAACCUGAUUCCACAGUUGAUACAGUAUCUGAAACACAAGAAAACACGACAUCAACAACAUUGCACCCGACAACUUCAAGUACCAAUCUUCCUGACAAAACUAUAUGCACGGAAGAAGGCUUCUUCGGAGAUAAAGAGGAUUGUAAAAAGUUUUAUAGAUGCGUUAGCAAUGAAAAUGAAGGCUUCGUGAAAUAUGAUUUUACUUGUAGUGAUGGCACUAUUUGGGAUCAAGAUAUUUUAGCUUGUAAUCAUGCCGAGGAUGUAUUAAACCCAUCAUGUAAAUUAAAUGGAACUUCAUCGACAAUUAGCAGCACUAGUAGAACAACAACAAAAACAAGUAGUAACACUGACGUUCCAACCGUUCCACCCACUACCCCUCAACCUUCUAUUUCAUCAUCAACACCUAUGGAUUCUGCAACAACUAUAAAAGAUUCUAAUUCAAACUGUUCCCAGUCUAAUUCAGAUUAUGAAAAUACUAAAAACUAUACAUGUACCAAGGCCGGCUUUUACGCCGAUCCAAAUGAUUGUAAAAAGUUUUACCGUUGUGUAGAUUGGGAGAAUAAUGGAGAAAAGUUUUCAAUAUAUUACUUUGAGUGUGGUGAUGGAACCAUUUGGGACCCAGCUUUAGAAACUUGUAACCACGAGGAAUCAGUUUAUCCACCUCGAAAUUGCAAUGGUAAAGAACAACAAAAUCAAACAAGUAGUGUUUCUCCUUCAACUACGGAAGUAUCUACCACGAAGCAAUCCGAAACAGAAUCUACUGGUAUUGUAACAGAAGCUGAGACAACGAGUACUACUACUUCACCGACAACAGAACAGUCAUCUACUACAACAUUUUCAACAACAGAGUCAACGUCCACUACCACUCAAAUGACGACGACACAACCCUCUACCACUCCAUCUCAACAAACAACAUCCCAAACGUCGACCACAGAAACUUCUACAGUAACAAUGUCAACAAGUACUGAACCUCCAACUAAACCUAGCACCACAACAAUUGCUUCGACUACAAACGAAUCUUCCACGCAACAAACAUCAACAACAAAUAGUGAAGAGCCGACGACAGAUUCAUCAUCACAAACUACUACUGAUAUGACAGAGGUAACUACUUCUGUAUCAACAACUACAACUGUGGAUGAAUCUACAACUACGAGUGCUCAAACAUCGUCAACAUUAGCGCAAGCUAGUACCACAGAAAUAACUACUACCACGGAAGAGAUUUCAUCAUCUACUACUGAAAGUCAAAGUACGACUAUGGAAUCUACCACUGCCACGAAUAGUCAGGAUAAUAGUACAGAAUCAAACAAAGAUUGUCCUGAUACUGAAAAGGAUCAAAGUUUAUAUGUUUGUCCAACUUCUUUCAAAAGACAUCCAAAAUAUUGUAACCUGUUCUAUCAAUGCACAGAGGAUAAUGAUAAUCAUGAAGUAAAAAUAGCUGUGUUUCACUGUCCCAAUAACACUAUUUACGAUGAAAAUAAGGUUCAGUGUGUAGAAGAAAAACAAGCAACUAAAAAAUGCAACGGGCAAAUAUCUCAGAGAAAUAGAAUAAAACGAUUGGGAGCUUAUUUUAAUGAACCGGUUAUUGUAUCCGAAAAUAGUUUAAGAUGUUCAGGAGCUGGACAUUUUCCAUUUCAAAAACAAGAACAAUGUUCACCAGCCUUUUUAAAAUGUGAAUACUCAACAAGUGGACAAUUGAGGGGAUACGUGUACAAAUGCCCAGAAGGAUUUGUAUAUUGGUCUAUUAGCAGACGAUGUGAAGCUAUAAGGAAAGUCAGGGAUUGUAAACUAUCGUCAUACAAUUGGAAUACGAGAUACGAUAUACCUGUGGAACAAAGCAAUAUAGCAUAUUGA